AAAAUAGAAAAAGGUAAGCAGCUUGCUUGAAAAUAAAAUACAAUUAGAAAUCACAAGGCAGCCUAAUGUUCAUGGGGCAAAAAGUCCAAGUCAAAAAGACGAAAGGCAGGGCAUCUUCUGAGAAAACAGAUAAGGCAAAGAAGAAAAAGGCAGGCAAUCUUCCCAGAAAAAGAGAUGAAAAAGACUUUGAUAUUGUGGAAUAUAGUUCAUUUACUCAAUAGGUGAUGUUUUAAUUUAGCCCUCUUUGUUUAUGCGAAGCGCCUCUCAUCACUUGCAGCAGUUAAUGGCUUCCUCUUCUUCUUCUUCCAUUACUCCUAAACUAGAGUAUGAGGUUUUCCUUAGUUUCCGUGGUGUGGACACUCGAAAAAACAUUACCAGCCAUCUUUAUGAAGCCUUUCGUCAGAAAAAUAUUUAAACUUUCAUUGAUGAUAAACUUUAUCAGAGGAGAAGAAAUUUCUCCAUCUCUUUUGAAGGCAAUUGAACAUUCGAAGAUCUCGGUUAUCAUUUUCUCUAAAGGCUACGCUUCCUCCAGAUGGUGUCUCAAAGAACUUGAAGAGAUUCUUAAAUGUAAGAAAGCGUAUGAUCAGAUCGUAAUGCCAGUCUUCUAUGACGUAGAUCCAUCUGGUGUCAGGAAUCAAAAGGGGGAUUUUGGGAAAUCGUUUGCUGAGCUUGAAAAUCGUUUUAUUGGUCAUUCAGAGAUGUUGGAGGGAUGGAGGACUGCUUUGAGGGAUGCAGCCAACCUUUCUGGUUUUCAUUCAAACAACUAUAGGAAUGAGGCAUCUCUUGUAAAGACUAUUGUGGAUGAAAUCCUGAAAAGAUUGACUAAUGACCUCUCAACAAUUCACACCAAGAAUCUAGUUGGACUAGAUUCAUCAAUCGAGGAGAUUGAAAAUUUAUUAUGUACAAAGGGUGUUCAUACGGUAGGAAUUUGGGGCAUUGGAGGCAUAGGUAAGACUACUCUUGCAACUGCUGUAUUCAACAAAAUCUUUAGACAGUUUGAAGUUUCUUACUUCGCUCAAAAUAUUAGAGAAGAAUCAGAGAAAAAUGGCGGACUAAAUGACAUGCACCAAAAACUCCUUUGUGCACUCUCAGGGGAUGUAAAUCCCAAUAUUGGAUUCAUCUUCCCAAGAGAAAGACUUAUUGCCAAGAAAGCUCUCAUUGUGUUUGAUGAUGUGACUGCAAAUGUCAACCAAAUGGAAUUUUUAAUUGAAGUUUCUAAAUACUUGGAUUCUGAAAGUCGAAUAAUUAUAACCACAAGGGAUAAACGUGUGCUAACAUAUUGUGGAGUGUGUUACAUACACGAGAUGAAAGAAUUAUCUUUUAAUAAUGCUUUGCGACUUUUUACCCUAUUUGCCUUUAGAGAUAACAGCCCAAUAGAAGAAGAUUAUAUUAGGUUAUCAUCAAGUGUAGUAGAAUGUGCUAAAGGUCUUCCAUUGGCUCUCAAAGUUUUAGGUGCCUUUCUAUUCAAGAGGACAAAGAUUGAAUGGGAAAGUGCACUAGAAAACUUGCAAAUUAAUAGUUAUGGGGAUAUCUAUAAGGUGUUUAAAAUAAGUUAUGAUGGAUUAGACGACAGAGAGAAGGAUCUAUUUUUAGAUAUUGCAUGUUUCUUUAAAGGGUUUAAAAGAGAUCUCAUAGAAGUAAUCUUGAAUGCUUGUGACUUCAACUCUCAUAUUUCUAUAAAUCUUCUCAUUGAAAAGUGUCUUAUAACUACAUCAUUUGACACUAUAACAAUGCAUGAUUUACUUGAGGAAAUGGGUAGAGAAAUUGUUCGACAAGAAUCGACUGACCCUGGUAAACGUAGUCGGUUGUGGCAUCACGAUGAAAUCUUUUCAGUAUUGAAGUUUAAUAUGGUAAGAGCCAAAUCAAUUGGUUUUUUAUUUCUAUUUUACACAAAAUAUAAUAAAAUAUUAGUUGGCAGAGUAUUAUUAAAUUGUUUGGUAUAG